AGUAUGUGUAAUAGGAAGUGUGGUUGUAGUUUUUUUGAAACGUAAAUUAGUAUGAAAGACGUCAUAGUUUGUAACAGACUACCUACAUCACAGUACACAGUCCAUAUUGUGAGUUCAACGUGGAGACUAUCAGCCACGUGAUUAUAAUGUGACCCGAUAUGCAGUACGAUUAAGAACCAGUUACAACGCAAUAAUCUUAUUUACUUAUAAAGUACAAGUUGAUAUCCCGUAUUUUUGUUUUAUUCAAUUCCAAAAGGUUAGGGUUUAAGAAAACAAUCUUGUUUCAAUAUGAAGUAAACAAAAACAAAGCUUAAAAAAAAUUCAGUUUAUAUCGAUGUGCAGUCGAUAAAACAGACGUCAACGUAUUAAACGACAUUAACCUAUUUCUCUAUCUUUGAUAUAAAAAAAUAAAAAUGAUCAAAAUAAAAACUUUGCCAUUGCUUGAUAGAACAAGCACAACUAUUGUGGAAGAAGAUGUCAAUGUACCUUAUGGUAAAGUUCUUAUCGCAGGAUGGUUGCAAAUGUGGACAGAAGUAGAACCUAGUAAUAUUAUAGAAUUACUAACUUUUGUAAAUCCAAAGUCUUGGUAUUUAAAUGGACCAAAACCAUAUACAUUAAAUAAUGUUAAAAUAUCUGAUUAUUACACAGUUGAAGUAAAUAAGUCUGAAGAAAAUAUUGUUAAUAUUUUAGACGAAAUACUUGACAGAGUAACACAAAAGUCUAUAAUAUUUCUUGAUAAUUUGGAUUCUUUGAUACUAUACGCAGGUCUUGCAAAUUCAUUACGAUUUGUAGAGAUGCUAAAUAAAAAAAUAGAACGAUUAAUUUGUCUCUUUAGAAGAGAUUGUAUACCAAAUAAGAUAUUAUCUAUUGAAACUCUUGGAAAUAUAUAUGUUAGAUUGCAUAAAUACCAUGGUAUGCAUUCAAAUAAUGAAUUUACUUAUAUUGCAAAUUAUACAUAUCGCAAACCAGGAGGCACAAUAUUGCUUGGGUCAGAAUUUGUAAGACAAGACAUCAAAACAUAUGAGAUACAAUCAGAAAAUUUUAAAACACAAUUUAACUCUGAAAAAAAUUCAAUGCCUACAAAUGGUGCUUCAAAAAUUGUAUCUUCGUUUCGAUUAGAAAUAAAUGAACAUGAAAUGAAACAAAAAGAAAACACACCAUUACCUUAUAUACCUGCAGCACAAAUGGUAAAGAAUGAGUGUAAGAUUUUAUAUGUACCAGAUGACGUAGAUGAUUUGGAUGAGGAAGAUCCAGAUGAUGAUUUAUGCAUAUAAUUUGUAUAUUAUGAUUAGGUAUAUAAUAUACAUCUAUUCAAACAUAUGUUAACCAUUGCAUAUUUAUUACACUUUUCUGUACAUUCAUUUAGAUAUGAUAUAAGUGUUGCCUCAUUAUUAAAUAUGCCAAGCUUAAUAUAAAAAAUUAGAUCGAAUACAAUAUAAUCGAGCUUUUCCAAAUUUCGAUGUUAAAAUUGAUAAAAAUUAAAUUUU